AUGGCGAACGAUAACCUCCCGUAUGCCGCAGAUGCUGAAGCUCCCCUGAAACCCGCCGAGCUGCAAGUGCUGCGCGCGCAGUUCGAAAAAGAAGGCGAAUACGUCUCGCUCCAGACAAAGUUCAACUACGCAUGGGGCCUCAUCAAAUCCACCUCGCGCCACGACCAGCAAGAAGGCGUGCGUCUGCUGUCGGACAUCUUCCGCGCCAGCCCUGAUCGGAGACGAGAGUGUCUGUACUACCUCGCGCUCGGGAAUUACAAGCUUGGAAACUACGCGGAGGCCAGGCGGUACAAUGACAGCUUGUUGGAGUUGGAGGGCGGGAAUAUGCAGGCGCAGAGUCUGCGGCAGUUGAUUGAUGACAAGGUGGCCAAGGAGGGGCUGAUGGGCGUUGCGAUUGUGGGGGGGCUCGCUGCUGCGGCUGCCGUUGGGGUGGGAUUGUUGGUGAAGGGGGCGCAGAGGAAGAGAUGA